CAGCUCACAUGACAUUGUACAUUUUCAAUCUCGAUUUCUGGAAAAGUGGAAAUAUGUUUGUUUGGGUUGUUUGAAAGUUUCAAAUACUUCUUCUCUGCACUGACGGGCCAAAAAAUCAGAAAGGGGAAGUGACAAAGAUUUUUUUUUUAAGUUUCUGGUUGAAUCAUAUAUUGCAUUUCUGGGUUGAUCUAAGGAUUUCACUUUCGAGAAAUUCGGAGAGAUAAGCUAUGGGGAAUGGCCUGGACGGGCUUGGGGUCUACAAUCGCUGCUCCCUUUACGCUUCCACCGGUGAAUGGAGUUGCAAGAAAUGGCGAAUGGUGUGAGGAAUAAGAAGCCAUUUGGAGAGUCAAGGAGGGGUUUGGCUUGUGCAAGGUUGAAGAGGAAGAUGAUGAAGUGCCUUUGUUCAGGGGAACGGCUAGGGGGAGAUGAAAUCAUCCCUUCAUCCGAAUCACUUGCGACAAAGGAUUAUUAUUCAGCGAGUCUCCAUUCUUCGUUAGCUGGAGAACAUGAUCAGAAGCCUGAAACUGGAAACAUUGAGGAAGCCGAGUCAUCUUUGCGCGAGAGUGGUUCUUUGAAUUAUGAGGAAGCAAGGGCAUUGCUGGGAAGAUAUGAAUACCAGAAGGGAAACAUUGAAGCUGCUCUACAUGUCUUUGAAGGGAUAGAUAUUUCAUCAAUAACCCCUAAGAUUAAAGUCACACUUUCCCAGAGAGCUGAACCUCAUAGGAGACGGUCACAAAGUUUUGUUUCACCUCCAAUGUCCAUACAUGCUGCAAGUUUGCUUCUGGAGGCAAUUUUUCUUAAAGCGAAAUCGUUACAGGCUCUCCGGAAAUAUAAAGAAGCUGCUCGAUCUUGCUCAGUUAUUCUGGACGUUGUUGACUCCUCAUUGCCAACAGGCUUGCCUGAAAACUUCGGCGCUGACUGUAAAUUCCAGGAGACACUGAACAGGGCUGCUGAGUUGCUUCCUGAACUAUGGAAGCUUUCCAGUUCUCCCUCUGAAGCGAUUAUCUCAUACCGGCGAGCCCUCUCUCACCAGUGGAAUCUUGAUGCCUCCACUAUUGCAAGGAUUCAAAAAGAAUUUGCUGUUUUCCUUCUGUACAGUGGGGGCGAUUCAAAUCCGCCUAAUCUUCGUUCCCAAAUGGACAGUUCUUUCGUGCCUGGAAACAACACUGAAGAGGCUAUUCUUCUCUUGGUGAUCCUAUUAAGAAAAAUCUCUCUCAAAAGAAUCGAUUGGGACCCUGAAAUUCUUGACCAUCUGACAUAUGCAUUGGCCAUCUCCGGGGGACUAAGAGCUCUAGCUAACCAGGUGGAGGAGUUGCCUCCCCAGACGAUAGACCAGAGGGAAAUGUAUUACAUACUUUCUCUCUGCUAUCACGGAGAAGGUGAAGAAGACAUGACUGCUUUGAAUUUGCUGCAGAAGUUGUUGAGAAGAAGUGCAGAGAAUCGGAACACUGUAAUUGGUUCACUAUUGGCUUCAAAGAUAUGCAGUUCAAGCGUAGAACACGCAGGAGAGGGUAUCAAAUUUGCUCAGAAAGCAAUUACAAGCUUGCAAGGGAAAUGUGAUGAGUUGCUUGGAGUGGCCAAUUGUGUAUUAGGCCUUUCACUUUCAGCUCACUCAAAGUCUUUUUCUACAGAUUCUGAGAGAACCCACAAACAGAAUGAGGCACUUAAAUCACUUGAGACAGCUGGGAGGAUGACGAGAAUGGAAAAUUCGAGUGUCAUUUACAAUCUUUGUGUAGAGAAUGCUGAGCAGAGAAAGUUGGAUGAUGCCCUUUACUAUGCAAAACGCUUCCUUAAAUUGGAAGGUGGAUCUAGUGUGAAAGGAUGGGUGCUUUUGGCUCAGAUAUUAUCAGCCAAAAAACAGUUUUUGGAUGCUGAAAUUGUAAUUAAUGCCGGCCUCGGGCAGACCGGGAAAUGGGAGCAGGGAGAACUUUUAAGAUUUAAAGCUAAACUCCAGAUUGCUCAGGGUCAAAUGGGGAAUGCCGUGGAAACAUAUACUCAGCUGCUUGCUGUUCUUCAGCUUCAGUCCAAAAGCUUUGGAGCAAUGGGAAAGCUCGAGGAUGGGCAAAAGCAGUGCCAAGAAUUGCAGCUUGAAACCUGGCUUGAUCUGGCUUCCAUGUACAUCAAGCUAUGUCAAUGGCAAGACGCCGAGAUCUGUCUUUCCAAGGCAAAAGCUAUCAGUCAUUAUUCCGCGUCUAGGUUGCAUACAGUCGGUUUGCUUCAUGAAGCCAAGGGCCAAUACGAAGAAGCGAAAAGAGAGUAUAACAAUGCAUUGGCUGUGGACCCAGCUCAUGUUCCAAGUCUAGUCUCUACCGCGCUGGUUCUCAGACGGACCCGGGACCCAUCUCACCUACUUGUUAGAAGCUUUCUGAUGGAAGCACUGCGGCUUGACAAAGCAAAUGCUACGGCGUGGUAUAAUCUUGGCCUUCUCUACAAGGAAAAUGGCGUGGGUUCAAUGUUAGAAGCUGCUGAAUGCUUUGAAGCUGCCUCUGUGCUUGAAGAGACUGCGCCCGUUGAAUCCUUUCGAAUGAUGACCCCUCAUUAUUAGUCUUGUUGUGGGACCCCAUGCUAGGGGUACCCCACCAUUCGUCCCAUCAUCUUCUCACAGACAUCCACAUCUUGUUAUGGGAUCAUGCUAGGGGUACCCCGUCUUUCAUCCCACCAUCUUCUCAAAGACAUCCACGUGCACCCGUGUGAGAAUAGAGUUGAGGGUGUUUUGUUGUAUAUGAUUUGUCAUUUCUUUUUGUUAUCUAUGUAUAGUUUAGGUUUUGUAUUUUAUUCAUGGGUGCAUCAAGCAUUGAGUUUUGACUGCCUCGCAUUAAUCAUUCUAUUUUCAUUUGGUUUUUAGAGUAAACAAUCUUGUCAUUG